CCAAAAUCAGACCCACCCACCAGAGAGCAUUUAGUCAACUAAAAACCACGGAAAGAGUUUGUGACAGAGAGAGAGAGGGGAGGACGAGAGAAGUGAUGAGGAGCAGAGAGGAACAUCACGAUGUGGUGGUCGUGGGUGGAGGAAUCUGUGGGCUCGCCACCGCUCUGGCUCUUCACAGGAAAGGAGUAAAAAGUCUUGUAUUAGAGAGAUCUGAGAGAAUACGAGCUACAGGGGCAGCAAUUGGUAUCUUCAUGAAUGGUUGGUGUGCACUUGAUAGACUUGGUGUAGGUGCCGUGCUUAGGGAUAAAACUAUCCCUAUUCCGGAGAUUCAUGAAGUGUUGUAUCACAAGUCUACAAUGCAAGUGAAAUCGACCAGGAUGGAAGAACUCAGGUGCUUAAAGAGAAGUGAUCUCAUUCAAGUAUUGUUUGACAACUUGCCUGUUGACUCGGUUCGACUUGGGUGCCAAAUUGUAGCAGUUGAAAGAGAUCCAUCAACAUCAUUCCCUAUUCUUUAUGUUCAUGAUGGGAGUAUCAUCAAAGCCAAGGUUGUGAUCGGCUGUGAUGGAUCAAACUCGGUCAUAUCUAAGUCAUUAGGGCCAGGGGCCCUAAAUGUGCUACCAAAUUGUGUGAUUCGUGGUCUCACAAAUUAUCCAAAUGGUCACAACCUCGAAACUCGUUUUUUUCGACAUCUGGAUGUUGGCUACAUGUCUUAUGGAAGAAUUCCAAUUGAUGACAACCUAGUGCAUUGGUUUGUAGAUUGGCCAUAUCCUGACAGAGAUACGGAUGCUCCAAAGGAUCCUAAGUUCCUCAUGGAGUUGGCUAUGCAGCAAAUAAAGGACAACCCGGCCGAGAUGAUCGAGAUGGUCGAGGGCAGUGAUCCUAGCUCGCUGCACCUCACACGCAUCCGUUACCGGUCACCAUGGCACCUCGUGUUUGGGAACCUCAGGAGAGGCACCAUGACAGUUGCAGGGGAUGCCAUGCACAUGAUGGGCCCGUUCCUUGGCCAAGGUGGGUGUCUUGCUCUGGAGGAUGCAGUGGUGCUCGCCAGGAACUUAGCACGGGCGAUGCCUAUGGGCUUGGAGGGUAGCAGAGUCGGUGACGGAGAGCUCAAGAAGAGAAUUGAGACGGCGUUGGAGAAUUACGUCAGGGAACGGAAGCCGAGGGUGCUGAGGUUGGCCAUGCAGUCGAUGCUCCUGGCGAUUUCGAUCUCUUCACCAUCAAAGAUCAAGAGACUUCUGAGCCUUGCACUUCUAGUUGUGUUCUUUGGCGGGGCUUCGCUUGGCUAUACUCGUUUUGAUUGUGGCCCUCUCUAGGCUCCCGAGGAUACACUUUAUGUUUGCUAUGUACUGAAACGUAGCACUCGACACAGAUCCCAUGGCAUGCAUCUUAUCCCUUCCUUCAUACUAACGAACAAAGUGUCAUCAAACGUAAACAGGUAUAAAUGGUAGAACCAUGAUUUCCUGGAUAUAAGUUUAAUAGUUCCUUAAAAAUAUUAGAUGAUCCAUUUCAGGUAUUUGGGGUCCUGUGGACCAAAUUUAAUCAUAGAAUGGCCGGCUAUAGAGGCUCCAAAUA